UCGGGCCCAAGUGCCGCUUUGUCUGAAGUACGCCUGACUCUUCUUCGCUCGGGGCACUCGGUUCUCAUUGCUACCGGACAGAGACCCCUGAGCACACAGGUCUUGUCACCUCUGCCUCGAGCUCACUCUGCUGUUAAAAGACCGGCGCUUACUAUUGAAAACAGCAACAUUUCUGUCCACGACUCUUUACCCACAUCUCUGUUAGUGAGUGGGUCUUAAGGCCGGGUGGCUUCUGCUCUCUGUUCAGUGUCAUCUCUUUUUUGCCGCCUUUUAAACAUUUACUCAAGAUCCACAAGUGUCCAAGUGAGAGUCUUUUUCAUCCCUCAGCGGAUUGUGCCUACGCAUCUGUUCUAUACCUCCCCUAUGAUAUAAGGGAUACAGGAUAGCGUUGUGACUUUCAGAACCUUGACUCUGACAUUGCUUUUGGCCCAUGAGAUGAUUUACCAGUGUCUCCAUCUAGUUGGGAGGUGGAAAGGGAAGCUCAACUGAUAUACAAGGAUCAAGAGUGAUGAUGACCGAGUGUACAAGCCUUCAAUUUGUCAGCCCCUUUGCUUUUGAAGCCAUGCAGAAGGUGGAUGUUGUUCGCCUGGCGUCUUUAAGUGAUCCAGAACUGAGACUUCUCUUGCCCUGCUUGGUGAGGAUGGCACUCUGUGCUCCUGCUGACCAGAGUCAGAGCUGGGCUCAGGAUAAAAAACUUAUUCUUCGCCUUCUGUCUGGAGUGGAAGCUGUCAACUCCAUUGUCGCACUGUUGUCCGUGGACUUUCAUGCCCUAGAGCAAGAUGCCAGCAAAGAACAACAGCUUCGGCAUAAGCUCGGAGGAGGCAGUGGAGAGAGCAUCCUGGUAUCACAGCUCCAGCAUGGACUGACACUAGAAUUUGAACACAGUGAUUCACCUCGUCGAUUGCGGCUCGUGCUUAGUGAACUGUUGGCAAUUAUGAACAAGGUAUCUGAGUCCAAUGGAGAGUUCUUUUUCAAGUCUUCUGAGCUCUUUGAGAGUCCAGUGUACUUGGAGGAAGCUGCAGAUGUUCUCUGUAUCUUACAAGCAGAGCUCCCUUCCUUGCUUCCGGUAGUCGAUGUAGCCGAAGCCUUGCUACAUGUUAGAAAUGGUGCCUGGUUCUUAUGUCUCUUGGUAGCCAAUGUUCCCGAUAGUUUUAAUGAAGUUUGUAGGGGCCUGAUCAAAAAUGGAGAACGACAAGAUGAAGAAAGUCUUGGAGGGAGGCGCAGGACAGAUGCCUUACGAUUCUUAUGCAGAAUGAAUCCUUCUCAGGCCCUGAAGGUCCGGGGCGUGGUGGUGGAAGAAUGUCACUUGCCAGGCCUUGGAGUAGCUUUGACAUUGGAUCAUACUAAAACUGAAACUUGUGAAGACGGAGUGAGUGACUUGGUUUGCUUUGUUAGUGGCUUGCUUCUUGGAACAAAUGCGAAAGUCAGGACUUGGUUUGGAACGUUUAUUCGAAAUGGACAACAGAGAAAAAGGGAGACCAGCGGUUCUGUCCUUUGGCAGAUGAGGAGGCAGCUUCUUCUGGAGUUGAUGGGCAUUCUUCCUACAGUAAGGAGUACUCGUAUUGUAGAAGACGCCGAUGUGGAGAUGGAACCCACUGUGUCUGUGUACUCGGGGCUGAAGGAAGAGCAUGUGGUGAAAGCCAGCGCACUCUUACGUCUCUACUGUGCCUUGAUGGGAAUUGCUGGACUCAAGCCAACUGAGGAAGAAGCUGAACAGUUGCUGCAGUUGAUGACCAGCCGGCCGCCUGCCACACCAGCUGGGGUUCGAUUUGUUUCCCUUUCCUUCUGUAUGCUACUGGCCUUUUCUACACUUGUCAGCACACCAGAGCAGGAGCAGUUGAUGGUGGUGUGGCUCAGCUGGAUGAUCAAAGAAGAGGCGUACUUUGAGAGUACAUCCGGUGUCUCUGCUUCUUUUGGGGAGAUGUUGUUAUUAGUGGCUAUGUAUUUCCAUAGCAACCAGCUUAGUGCAAUCAUUGACUUAGUCUGCUCCACUUUGGGGAUGAAGAUUGUGAUUAAGCCAAGCUCCUUGAGCAGGAUGAAGACCAUCUUCACACAGGAAAUCUUUACUGAGCAGGUUGUUACAGCUCAUGCAGUUCGAGUCCCUGUCACCAGCAACCUGAGUGCCAACAUUACUGGGUUUCUGCCCAUUCAUUGUAUUUACCAACUUCUCAGGAGUCGAUCGUUUACCAAGCACAAAGUAUCAAUAAAAGACUGGAUUUACAGACAGCUGUGUGAAACCUCCACUCCGCUCCACCCUCAGCUACUUCCUCUGAUUGAUGUGUACAUAAACUCUAUACUUACUCCUGCAUCGAAAUCAAAUCCUGAAGCCACAAAUCAGCCAGUCACAGAACAGGAGAUACUUAACAUUUUCCAGGAAGUCAUUGGGGGUGACAGCGCCUGCCUUAAUCAGCGCUUCAGUAUCACGGCGCAGCUUUUGGUGCUCUAUUAUAUCCUUUCUUACGAGGAAGCGCUCCUGGCAAACACAAAGACUUUAGCUUCCAUGCAAAGGAAACCCAAAUCAUAUUCUUCUUCUUUAAUGGACCAGAUUCCUAUCAAGUUCCUUAUUCGACAGGCUCAGGGGCUGCAGCAGGAGUUGGGAGGGCUGCAUUCAGCUUUACUCCGUCUUCUAGCAACUAAUUACCCCCAUUUGUGUAUUGUGGAUGACUGGAUCUGUGAAGAAGAAGUCACAGGCACUGAUGCGCUGUUAAGACGAAUGCUCCUGACUAGUAAUGCCAAAAGUCACUCUCCGAAACAGCUGCAGGAAGCAUUUUCAGCUGCCCCAGUAAAUCACACGCAAGUGAUGCAGAUUAUGGAGCACUUGACACUGCUUUCUGCCAGUGAACUUAUACCAUAUGCAGAAGUAUUAACAUCCAAUAUGAACCAGCUGCUGAAUUCAGGGGUUCCACGGAGAAUACUUCAAACUGUCAAUAAGUUAUGGAUGGUUCUUAAUACUGUGAUGCCAAGAAGGUUGUGGGUAAUGACCGUUAAUGCACUCCAACCUUCCAUAAAGUUUAUACGACAACAAAAAUAUACCCAGAAUGAUUUGAUGAUAGAUCCUCUCAUUGUCUUGAGGUGUGACCGGAGGGUUCACAGGUGCCCCCCACUGAUGGAUAUUACUCUACACAUGCUGAAUGGAUAUCUCCUUGCAUCUAAAGCUUACCUUAGUGCCCAUCUGAAGGAGACAGCAGAGCAAGAUAGGCCUUCCCAGAACAAUACAGUAGGUUUGCUUGGACAGACUGAUGCCCCAGAAGUUACAAGAGAAGAGCUGAAAAAUGCAUUAUUGGCUGCUCAGGAUAGUGCAGCAGUCCAGAUUCUCUUAGAGAUUUGUUUGCCUACUGAAGAGGAAAAGGCAAAAGGUGCCAGUCCAGACAUCUCCCUCAGGAACGCUCACAGUGUCGUUACCACCAGCACUCCAAACAAGGGAGUGGGGGAAGGAGAAGAGAGUCUGCUCUGUGACCUCCGGGAAGUCCAGUGCCUUAUCUGCUGCCUGUUGCACCAAAUGUACAUUGCAGACCCCAACAUUGCUAAACUCGUCCACUUUCAGGGCUAUCCAUGUGAACUUCUGCCUCUGACGGUUGCUGGGAUCCCAUCUAUGCACAUCUGUCUGGAUUUCAUACCGGAGCUUAUUGCCCAGCCUGAACUUGAAAAACAGAUAUUUGCUAUUCAGCUGCUUUCUCAUUUGUGUAUCCAGUAUGCAUUACCAAAGUCACUUAGUGUGGCUCGCUUAGCUGUCAAUGUCAUGGGAACUUUGCUAACAGUCCUGACACAGGCUAAGCGGUAUGCUUUCUUCAUGCCAACUCUUCCAAGUUUGGUCUCCUUUUGUCGAGCGUUUCCUCCACUGUAUGAGGACAUUAUGUCUUUGCUGAUUCAAAUAGGCCAAGUGUGUGCCUCUGAUGUUGCCACUCAGACCAGAGACAUUGAUCCAAUCAUCACACGUCUUCAACAAAUAAAGGAGAAACCAAGUGGAUGGUCUCAAAUCUGUAAAGAUCUGUCUUACAAAAAUGGAUCCAGGGACACUGGAAGCAUGGAUCCUGAUGUCCAGCUCUGUCAUUGUAUUGAAAGCACAAUAAUUGAAAUAAUAAACAUGAGUGUUAGUGGAAUUUGAAAAAAAAAUGCAGAUAAAUGUUUGCUGCAUAUACCCAACAGGAACCUGAAUUUUAUGACAACUCUAAACUGAAUGGAAAUAGUGAAAUCUUGGGAAUUGCUGAAAUGAUUCAAUUCAAUGAGUAUAAUUUAGAUCUCUGAGAAUUAUACUUGCUCAUGUUUGAUUGGCAUAUCUUUGGAUCUGCUCUGAUGGUAUGUUUAUAUUGUAGCAGCUGAACUUCUUUUCCAUUGGGAAUACGUUAAGAAACCCGUUUCUAGAAAGGGAUUAGACCAUGCACUUAGCUUAUGAAGGGAAGAAAGAUUGCCAGGCCUUUAAUUUUUUAUAGAAAUGAGCCUGUGGCCGGGCGGUGGUGGCGCACGCCUUUAGUCCCAGCACUUGGGAGGCAGGGGCAGGUGGAUCUCUGUGAGUUCAAGACCAGCCUGGGCUACAGAAUGAGUUCCAGGACAGGCUCCAAAGCUACAGUAGAAACCCUGUCUCAAAAAAAAAAGAGCCUGUGUAUAUCCCUCAUAUUUGUGAGCUUGUAACAGUUUUCAACAAAGGGGGAAUGAGAGGAAGGAGAAAGGGAGAAAGGGAUGUAGGGAAGGAAUAAUUCAGGAAAAAUGACCAGUUAACUACUCAAAAAUCUCACAGACUUGUAAUGCAGGUUAUAGAAAUGCAGGUUGGAACUCUAGUUUGUGAGAAACAGUAGUUAAGAAGGCUUUAAAAAAGGCAGGGAAGCCAGGUGUGGCACAUGCCUUUAGAUCCCAGCCCUAGGGAGAAAGUCAGAGGCAGGUGCAUCUCUGUGUUUGAGGCAAGCCUGGUCUAUAUAGUCAGUUCCAGGACAGCCAGAGUUACAUAAAGAAAUCUUGUCCAGAAAAAAAAAAAAAGCCAAGUAAAUGACUGCCUUGGAGUUA